GCAUUAAUCCUAUAUAAAGUGAUGGAGAUGCAGCAUCAGGAGUCUUUGGGGAGAUGGGAUGGGCUGGGCAGCCGGGAUGCCUCCUCCAGAGCUGAAGCGAUGGAGUUCAUCUGCCAGGAGGUCAUGAGGAAAGUGGAAGCCAUCGAACCCAUAAAGGCCGCAACCCCUGCCCCAGGAAGCUCUUCCAACAGCGACCUGAACGACAUCCUGGUUCACCUUCUCAUGCUCUCCAGACGGUGCCCCUUUGAAGAUGUCAGAGGGCGGUGCACUCAGCUCCUGCGAGACAUCCAGGAUUUAGGCAUAAGGAUUCCAAGACCCCUAGGAAGUGGACCAAGCAGAUUUAUCCCUGAAAAAGAGAUUCUUCAAGUCAGUAAAGUGGACGCCAGUACGCAGGCGAUAUUUGAGGAUGCAUUUGCAGCCCUCCAUCGGCUGGACAACAUUUCCCUCGUGAUGAGCUUCCACCCACAGUACCUGGGGAGCUUUCUCCGGACGCAGCACUACCUGCUGCAGAUGGACGGACCCCUGCCUUUGCACUAUAGGCACUACAUUUGCAUUAUGGCGGCUGCUCGCCACCAGUGCUCCUACCUGGUCAACCUGCACGUGAACGACUUCCUUCAUGUCGGGGGGAACACAAAGUGGUUGAAUGGCCUGAACGAAGCACCGCAGAAGCUGCAGCAGCUCGGGGAGAUCAACAAAAUCCUAGCCCACCGUCCGUGGCUUCUCACCAAGGAGCACAUCGAGCGCCUCCUGAAGGCAGAGGAGCACAGCUGGUCCCUGGCAGAGCUCAUCCACGCCCUAGUCCUGCUCACCCACUACCACUCCCUCUCCUCCUUCACCUUCGGCUGCGGCAUCAUGCCAGAGAUCAACUGCGACGGGGGACACACGUUCAGACCGCCCUCCGUUAGCCAGUACUGUGUGUGCGACAUAGCCAACGGCAACGGCCACGCCAAUCAUCACAACGAUUUGCUGGGCAAUCAGGAGAUGUGCGGCGAGGUGGAAGAGCUGAUGGAGAGGAUGAAACAGCUGCAGGAGUGCCGUGACGACGAAGAGGCCAGCCAGGAGGAGAUGGCCACUCGCUUUGAAAGGGAGAAGACGGAAAGCAUGUUGGUGGUCACGUCGGAGGAUGAGGAGUGUGUCCCCUCCAGAGACAUCUCUCGUCACUUUGAGGACACCAGCUACGGCUACCAGGACUUCUCUCGGAGGGGGGAACAGGUGCCCACAUUCAGAGCACAGGACUACAGCUGGGAGGACCACGGCUUCUCUCUGGUCAACAGGUUGUAUCCUGAUGUGGGCCAGAUGCUGGACGAGAAGUUUCAGAUGGCCUACAACCUCACAUACAACACCAUGGCCACACAUAAGGACGUGGACACCAGCAUGCUGCGCAGAGCCAUCUGGAACUACAUCCACUGCAUGUUUGGCAUCAGGUAUGAUGACUAUGAUUAUGGGGAGAUAAAUCAGCUUCUGGACCGCAGCUUUAAAAUCUAUAUCAAGACCAUGGUGUGCAGCCCUGAGAAGACCACCAAACGAAUGUAUGAGAGUUUCUGGAGGCAGUUUCAGCACUCCGAGAAGGUCCACGUUAAUCUGCUUCUUAUGGAAGCACGGAUGCAAGCAGAACUGUUAUACGCUCUGAGAGCGAUCACCCGCUACAUGACAUGAAGUGCUUUUGGCGUUUUUACUGUUGUCUUUGCUCUUUCUGGAACACUUAAAGAAAAAAAACAUACAUGGGAGGGUUUUCUUGGGGGGUGGGGCAGUGGGGGGUAAGCAAAAAGAGCUCUUGGUUUUGACAAUGGUUGUUGGUUGGGCAGUGCAGAGAAGAUUGGAACAAAUGGAAAUCAAGGGAAGAAGAUUUUCUACUGGAGAAAAGUCAUCUCAAACUACAAGUGGAUCCACAAACAUAGUCAGACACUGCCUGCAGUGCCAAAACCGACCAACAGAGGACAGCCUUGAGCAAACUCAAGCGCUGCUGGGGGCCGGAGGUUGUGCCGGCUGAGAGCGUUGACACUGGAGACAUCCAGGACUACAUUUCAGUAUUCCAGCAUUGCCUGUGUCACUUCAUGUUAGGAUCAAGAAUCCCGGUGAAAUUUCCCAGAAAGAAAGCUGUGCAGCCAGAUCCAGCCUGCACUUUUGAUUCUGUCGUCACUGUUAUCUGUUUAGUUUCUUAAACAUCUUUUUAUUUCACUUUUGUAUGAGAAGGGGGAUGGUUUUAAUGUGUUAACUCUAGUGUUGUUGUCGUUUUUGUUUCAGUGUUUUCUACGUGUGCCUGAACUAUAUCCAGCACAGUGUGCAUACGUGCUGAUGCUGCUGCUCCCAGUUGUAUUUUAAUGGGAUCAUAUUGAUGCCCAAAAUCACCCCUCACCCAAUUCCCUUAAUCCCUUUAUAAAAGCCCCUGUCCAUUAAACAUCCAUUGCAUUACCCCCGCCCUCUUUUUCCCUUAACCACAUCCCAAAUCUCAAACGUCAAAGUAAGCUAAUCCGAGGAGUGUGAAAACCCCUGCAUGUGGGGUGAAAAACUCAAAAGAACACUGUCUGAGCCCUUUUUGAGUUUGACUGUACAGGUGUGGAUGCGUUAUGUUUAUCCUGAUGACUGAGGUGUGAGUGUUUGUGUGUGCUUCACAAAAAUAAGUGGAAGCAAGAAAAAGAAAUGUAUGUCUUGGAAUUUCAUUUAAGAAAAAAAAAAAAGCGAGGCACUUUGAAGGAAAGCCUUCUUGCUUCUGCUGUAGCUCUGUUAUUGUGAGAAAACUGUUCUUUUCAUUGAUGAUGUCUUUUGUUUUUUCUUGUAUUGGGAAAAAGAAAAUCACAGAAAUGUAAAUUGAAUAGAAAGUUUGGAAACCAGGUUCUCCAGGAGGGGGUUUGCUUCCGUCAUAUCUCGUCUUCCGCUUAUCCCGCCUGACUGGUUGACCUAACUCUUUCAAAGCUUUUGAUUGUGAAUUUUACCAGUAAAAUACCUCUUCUGUUUUUUUUUAUUAUUAUUUUUAAAACAUGUAAAAAGUGCUCUUUGGUGAGCAGAGACUCUCUUUGGGCUGCUGCUCGGGGAUACAGAGUUCACACAGGGCUGCCUGCGGUCGAUAGCUUUCGAACGCAAAAAGGUUGUAGUUGUGCUUAUUUCCCUGCGAGGAAAGUCUAACCAGUGCAAAAGCAGCUUCUUCUUUUUUUUUUUAUUAUUUUAAACAGAGGUUUAAGGUCUCUGCUUAUUUCUUUUGUUUACUAAAAAUCAGUAAAGUACUGCAUUCUUCUGAGGGUGGACUGAGAAAAUCAGGUGAACGAUGAUGUGAGGAGGAGCAGAACUGCAAUGAUAAAGGAAUGGUACAUUUGAAAGUGGUUUGAGAGGAAGUGGAAGUUUUCUUUUUCUUUCAAACUCCUGACUGAUGUCAGUUACUGACACUUUUUUUAUAUGAAAAUAUGGAAAAAGUUUAAAAAAAAAUAAACUAUAAUACUGA